GGUCGCAUCCACCUUCGGCAGCGAGCAGCAGACCCAGUCGGUGUCAGUCCUCUGCCUCCGGUGCGGCACCGCGGCCAUGGGCGGCUCGGCCUCCAGCCAGCUGGACGAGAGCAAGUGCGCCUACAUCCGAGGAAAAACUGAGGCUUCUAUCAAAAACUUCAGUCCCUACUACAGCCGUCAAUACUCGGUGGCUUUCUGUAAUCAUGUGCGCAGUGAGGUGGAAGAGCAAAGAGAUUUAACGUCACAAUUCCUGAAGACCAAGCCCCCAUUGGAACCAGGAACUGUUUUGUAUGAAGCUGAGCUCUCCCAGUUUGUUGACGACAUCAGGAAAUGGAAGGACAGAUACAUUGUGAUUAAAAAUGAUUUUGCUGUGGAAAGCUAUGAGAACAAAGAGGCCUAUCAGAGAGGAGCUGUUCCUAAAGGCCGAAUUCUUCCAGCAGGAGGCAAGGUUUUAACCUCAGAAGAGGAAUAUAAUCUCUUAUCUGAUAGGCAUUUCCCAGACCCCAUUGCUUCCAGUGAGAAGAACUCUCAGCCCUUCGUGGUCCUGCCCAAGGCAUUCCCGGUGUACCUGUGGCAGCCUUACCUCAGGCAUGGCUACUUCUGUUUCCAGGAGGCCGCUGAGCAGCAGCGGUUCAGCGCUCUUCUCAGUGACUGCAUCAGACACCUGAAUCAUGAUUACACGAAGCAGACGACAUUUGAAGCCCAAGCCUUUUUAGAAGCUGUGCAGUUCUUCCGGCAGGAGAAGGGUCACUAUGGCUCAUGGGAGAUGAUCACUGGGGAUGAAGUCCAGGUCCUGAGUAAGCUGGUGAUGGAGGAGCUCCUGCCAACCCUUCAGACCGACCUGCUGCCCAAGAUGAAGGGGAGGAGGAACGAGAGGAAGAGAGCCUGGUUUGGUCUUCUGGAGGAAGCCUACACUCUGGUUCAGCACCAAGUUUCGGAAGGAUUAAGUGCCUUGAAGGAGGAGUGCCGAGCUCUGACCAAGGGCCUAGAAGGGACCAUCCGCUCAGACAUGGAUCAGAUCGUGAACUCAAAGAACUUUCUAGCCGGGAAGAUCCGAGCGAUGGUGGCUCAGCCGGCGGCGAAGAGCUGCAGCGAGAGUGUGCAGCCGUUCCUGGCGUCCAUUCUGGAGGAGCUGAUGGGGCCGGUGAGCUCAGGCUUCAGUGAAGUCCGUGCCCUUUUCGAAAAAGAAGUAGAUGAGCUCAGGCAGAGCUUUCAGGCCACCCAGGACGGUGUCCAGCUGAAGGAGCAUCUGGACCAGCUGAUGAAGCUUCCUCUGGAGUCUGUGAAGAUGGAGCCUUGUUAUACUAAAGUCACCUUGCUUCCUGAGCGCCUGCUGGAUCUGCAGAGCCGCUUCCGGUUCCCUCACGUUGAUCUGGUGGUCCAGAGGACACAGAACUACAUGCAAGAGCUCAUGGAGAACGCUGUGUUCACCUUUGAGCAGUUGCUCACCCCACAUCUCCAAGGAGAGGCUUCCAGAACAGCAGCUGCCAUCGAGAAGGUUAAGCUCCGUGUCUUAAAGCAAUAUGACUAUGACAGCAGCACCAUCCGGAAGAAGAUCUUCCAGGAGGCAUUGAUUCAAAUCACACUGCCCACCGUGCAGAAGGCACUGGCAUCCACAUGCAAACCAGAGCUUCAGAAAUAUGAGCAGUUCAUCUUUGCAGAUCAUACCAACAUGAUCCAUGUCGAGAACGUCUACGAAGAGAUUUUGUAUCAGAUCCUCCUUGACGAAACCCUGAAAGUGAUAACAGAGGCGGCUGUCUUGAAGAAACACAAUUUAUUUGAAGACAACAUGGCCUUGCCCAGUGAAAGCGUAUCCAGCCUGACAGAUCUCAAAACCCCCAUGGGGUCAAAUCAAGCUAGCCCAGCCAGAAGAGUGUCUGCCAUUCUACCAGGAGCUCCAGAUAAUGAAGUGUUCCAGGAGCCAGAGGAAAAGAGGCAGCAGCCUGGGGUGCCUGGCUCAUUGGCUGGAGAAGAAAGUACUCCCAUCCCUGAGUCCGGUCCUCCUACAGGUGGGGAUGGGCAGGUGACUGUGUCCAGUGUGGAUAACUCUGCUGGGAGUCCUCUCACUGCAGAGGACACAGCAGGACCCCUCAGCUCACACUUGUCGAAGGUGGAAGGUGGGGAGACCCUUAAAGAUGAAGAACCGACCCGUGAAAGGCCAGAGUCUGUCACCAUCCCAGGGUCCUUGAAGGAGCUGAAAGAGUUGCUGACUGUGACGGUGUCUGUGGAGUCUGCCCCAGUGACUGAAAACGAUACAUACAAGGGGACAUCUGUUCCCCAAGAAAAUGAAAAAGAAGAAGAAGAAAACAAGAUCUACCCAGAAGCCAGCCAGCCAGCUGCCAGCCAGCAGGACAACUGUGAAGAAAGUGAGGUCGGAGAGGGGGGAGCUCAUCCUACCCCUUUGGAAGUUGAGGCUCCUAGGGUAGACGGAGGGGCAUUGCCAGAGGCUAGCAGCCCUACCUCUCAGUCCAUUGGUGGGGGGUUCACGGAGGACACCAGCUGUCUAGAUCCCUCAGGGGAGCCAUCUGAGGCUCCAGAGCCCACUGAGAAGGCACACCCAGCCAUGGUGUCCACACAGGACGCCACCCAUGCAGGAGGCGAGGCUGUGCAUGCUGUGGCAGUCACACUGCAUGAGGAGGCCACACUAAGUUCCAAUCCCAUCUCUUCUGUGGAGAGGGAUGAGGUACCCCAGGUUUCUGAGGAUCAAGAGGUACUGGGAGGGAAUGAUAGGCCAGCCCUUGCUAUGGCUACAGAGCAAGUCAAUGCUACCCAUGUCCAUGGGUGCCAGUGGGUGGUAGAGGAUGCUCCAGGCACUGACAGCCCUGAUGUGCUUGGCGAUGCUGUGAGCUCCCCAGAACAGCCCUCUGAGGAGUGCUAAAAACAUAAUGUCUGUAGUUUUUCUUUCAAGACUAUCAGUCAAGGGUUUUAGUUAUGGGUAUCCAUAGGGGGAUGCAUGUGGGUUGCUAUAAAAACUUGGAAAUAUUUUCUUCCUUUGAAUGAUAAAGCCAAAGGGAAUGUAUGCAGGGUGUGAACACCGAGGCCAACUAGGGGGAGCUGACCUGCUCCCUGUGAAUGGUUCCUUUAGCAUCUUAAUAGAAAUGAUGAGAGAACCAGAGUGUUGGGGUGAAAAGCAGUGAAGGGGGCUCCAGAGAGGGAGAAGUCCUGCAGCAGAGACUGAAAGAGCAGGAACUGGCACCUCAAUAUUCUCUUCACUGAAAUGUGGUGCAAAUUUUGUACUGCACUUUAAGGUAUUUUUAACGAGAGUGCAAAGGUCUAUGGUGACUCCAGCCACCCCCCCCCCCACUCUA